UUUUUGUUUGCUCUCACAGGUCAUGUUCAGUGUUCCUGAUUGUUUUCUUGUUUUUGAAUCUAAUGGUGUCGAGAUUGAAGUGAUUAGACUGUUUCAUUUUCAUCUAAUCGUCUGAUUGAUGUGCUGGGCUGUUGAUCGUUAUCUUUCGCGUUACAAAUGCUUCAAAAGGGAUGCUGAUUUGGUUUGAAUCCACUGAAGAUGAAUAAUAUGUAUAAUCACUACAUGUAAUAAUGAUCGGCAAGAAAAUCCACGAAUGGGCAAGGAUUUUUUAAAAUAAACAUGUACCAACCGCGAACGGAAAUAAUCUCGAAAAAUAUCGAACAUGUAGCCAGAUACCGAGAAGACACUUCGUAGAUGCUAGAAAAGAAAGUAUCUGUUUACGAGUACGUGUUGGUACCAGUUGAGAUUUUACUGGUUAUACAGAGAAGAAGUGAAAUUAUCACGUAUAAACGUAUGAUUCAUAUUACCUACCAAACGAUCAUUAGAAGAUUUAUAAGCAACAACGCAAAGACAAUGCAUCGAAAAGAGAGUUUUUUUUAACUAACGAACUUUGUUUUCAACUGUAUUUGGACCAACAGAGUCGAUCCACCGUCAAAAGCAGCCAAAAAUGCUCGAAAAUUGCAUAAAUUAAAGCCUAUAAUGUCAAAUCCUGACUAAAUUGAAGAUUGAAUUUCACCUUUAGUUGAUUGAUUUUGAAAUUCAACUGAGCCCUCAUUUCAAAUGAAAGUAGUGUUGAAGUUGUGUAAUGUAAUGUAGAAUCCAAGUUCAGUGGAUGGAUUGGCAGCAUGUCAAUUGAAUAAUGCGAAUUAGCAUUAGCUCACAGCGUAAUACGAUAGUAAUUCGGAUACAGCUACCAGUGAAUCGUAGUGAAAAACCAUGUCCGAAAGAAAAGUAUUGAACAAAUACUACCCGCCGGAUUUCGAUCCGAGCAAAAUCCCGCGCAUGAAAUUACCCAAAAAUCGUCAGUAUACUGUACGUUUGAUGGCUCCUUUCAACAUGCGUUGCGCAACUUGCGGCGAAUACAUCUACAGAGGUAAAAAAUUCAAUGCCAGGAAAGAAGACGUAGAAGGGCAGGAUUACUGCGGAAUUCGUAUAUAUCGGUUCUACAUCAAAUGCACCAGAUGCCUUCAGGAAAUCUCGUUCAAAACAGAUCCCCAAAACACCGAUUACGAGAUCGAAGCGGGUGCAAUACGGAAUUUCAUGGCUCUUAAGCGGGCUCAAGAGCAAGAGAAGCGCGAAGAAGAAGAGGCCAAAGAAGAGGAAGCUAACAAUCCGAUGAAGUUAUUGGAAAAUCGUACGGAACAGUCUCGUUUAGAGAUCGAAGAAAUGGAAAAAUUAGAGGAAAUCAAAGACCAGAGUAGAAGAGUGAUAGAUUUGAACGAACUUUUAAAGAAAUACGAUACCGCAGAAGCCAGAGAGAAGAAAAGAAAACAAGAGGAAGAAGAAGAUAACAAUUUAGCUAAAAGAUUAUUCGCCAAGAAACAGAGAACAGAGGAGGAUACGGAUUUCGAUGGUGAUGGUUUGAAUAUCGAGGAAGAGGAAGAAGAAAUUAUAGAAGAGGAGGAUUUGAUCGAUAAGGAUGAAAUUAAAUCGAUAUCAUCCAUUAGUAGUUUUUCUAAUUUUUCGUAUCAAUCUCCUUUAGAGAAAUUGAAAGCAUUAAAAGCUAACAAAUCGAACUCGAAUGCUGUACCUAAAGCUCCAGUUCCUGUUACCACACCCGCAGCUGCACCUGCUCCACCUCAAAACAAAUUAUUGUCAUUGUGUUCUUACAGCGAUAGUGAUGAAUCCGAGUAACUUUAUGUACUCUGUUUUUCGACAUUCGAGAUCAUUUUAUUGUAAUUUCCAUUUUGUAUAUACGUGUGUACUGUACUUGUACAAUAUUGUAUAUAUCAUUUAAAAUAUAUUCUCUUUAUACUUCAAUAA